AUGCAACAAAUCUCCCAUGAAGGUCGAGCUGGAACCAAAAUAACCAGGAAUCCGAGACUUCUCCGCUGUGCACUGUUCACAUUUCAUUCCCAGACAUUGAGGAGGACCAGACAGGAUGAACGGAGAGUCUGGUGCAGGGGUGGUGACGGCCCCCCCUCCCACUACAGCGCCACACAAGGAGCGCUACUUCGACCGCGUGGAUGA